GGCCGCUCAUUUAACGUUAUUUUGUUUUACGACAUACGUAAAGAUUUCGUGAAAUAAUACGCAUUGUAUGGAAACUUCAUAGCACCGGAAUAGUGUUCACGUCGUUAUAACUGAGCUAUUAUGCCCUGGAGUAAAAACGGAGUUACCUUUUCAGUUUGGUAGUCUUGUGUUUUUCUCGUUCGUCCUAGGCCUAGCUUCACUUGAGCGGCGGGUUGGUAGUUUCGGAUGAAGCGGGCAUUCUGUUUGAAAGAGGCGGGUUCGGUUGGGCGAGUAAAACGUAGGACGUUUAGCAAGCUAACAUAUGUGGUUGUUUGCGCCUAAGUACACAAAGAGUGAUUUCACUAACCUCUGUCAUAUCUGCACAACUAGCUUGCAGUCCGGUGAGUUGAGGUUUGAAUAGGUUGUUUGCUAACUAUUUAGCAAGCUAACUCAACCGAAGACGCUAGCAGUUAACACUAACUACCAAUGCUAACAAUAGUUAGACACAGUACGGGUAACUAACUAGGGAAUGCGAGACGAAGUUCCUAACGUACUUUACAAUAACGUAUUGUAAUGUACUGAUUUAUUACAAAUAAUAAAUAUGCUCGCUGGUAGGACAUUGUGGAAUGCUAAUUAGUUAGCUAGGUAGUGACGGUGUGACGUUGCCAAUGUUUUGACAGCAACACCAGGCUGGAGAGUGACAGUAAGCGGAGUUAUAGCAUGGAUCCAGACAGUGAGCCGGACACACAACGAGCUCUCAGUUUGCAAUGGAAGAGCUAUAAGCUCGUCCAAGACCCAGCCAUCCGGAGGGUUAACAACAAAAUAUACAGAUAUGACGGGGUGCAUUUCAGUGUGCCGGACUCGGGGUUCCCACCAGUGGGAGAUUUGCGGGAUCCUCGACCUCGUAGGAUCUGGUCCAGGCACACAGAGAUGGCUCUACCAGUGCCCAAGUUCAAGCUGGAUGAGUUCUAUGUCGGGGCCAUCCCACUCAAAGAGGUGACCUUCGCACGCCUCAAUGACAAUAUCAAGGAGCCAUUCCUGGCUGAGAUGUGUGCCAAGUUUGGAGAGGUGGAAGAGAUGGAAAUACUGUUUCACCCCAAGACUCGUAAGCACCUGGGCCUCGCCCGGGUGCUCUUUGCGAGCACCAGGGGCGCCAAGGACACAGUCAAACACCUGCACAACACCUCCGUCAUGGGCAACAUCGUUCAUGCUCAGCUGGACAUCAAAGGCCAGCAGAGGCAGAAGUAUUAUGACCUGAUAGUAAGUGGCUCCUACACGCCCCAGACUGUGCCCACUGGGGGCAAGGCCCUGACCGAGCGGUUCCAGCCGCCAGCCCCAACGCAACCUGACACGUCAUCAGAUAUCAGGCGGAGGCUGUCCUCUGAGAUUGCUGGCCUGGCCGCAGGCUUGACCACAGGGGUGCCGGCACUCACCCCCGGGAGCACCACCCCCUGCACUGUGGACACCGGCUUUAGUGAUCAGCGUCUGGACACACCCCCGUCCUCCAUGGGCGGGCCUUACACCCCAGGCUCCUCGGCGUCAUCCCAGGGCGGAGGAACACCUUACACCCCUCGCUCUGCCUCACAGGACUCUGGCUACGCUGUUGCCAGACACGUUGGAUACAGCGCAGGCCCACUGACCAGUGGGUAUCCUCCCCAGGACAUGUUGCCCUCCUGCUCCUCCUCUGCCGUGUCCUCCUCUGUUGGGUCCUACAAAGCUCCCCGCUACACGGAGGACCCCCAUGCACCGCAAGAACUCUACCAAAGGGGUCGCCCCACCUACCCGCCUGCCGGCCCUUUCCGUCCGAACGAGCCCCAGCUCUACCCGCCGUACGCAAACUCCGGAGGGUCCGGGCAGCACAUGGGACACCACCCCGUGAUGCCACCCCCGGCGCCCCAGUACGACCAGCCGCCGCCAGCCGACAGGGAGCGGGACAGGGACCGGGAGCGGGACAGGGACUCAGGGGGGCGGUACGGUGCCGGUGGCAUGGGCUCCAGAAGGUCGUCUUAUCAGGAGGCCAACUCCAAGUACUCGCACCACUCGCACCACUCCGAGAGGGAGCGGGGCUACCGACGGGACAGCCUGGGCUCCAGGGAGCACGGCCGACACCGGAACCACCACUCGCACAACCACAGCAGCAGCCGGCGGCGGAGCAGCCACGACCGGGAUAGCCGAGACCGGGACAGUGACUACUCCAACGCCUCCGACCCCCGAUUCAACUCCCACCGCUCCUCCUCCAACAGCCUGUCCCCGCCUCCCUCCUAUGCCUCCUACUCCGCCUCCUCGUCCAAAGACCCCCCCGCGUCCCACGACCCCUCGGUGUCCUCGCGCCUGGAGCCCUCCUCUGGAUACCGUGGCCCGCCUGGCGGGGCUGGUUCUGGGGAGAGGGGCUCCGGGUCUAACAGCAAAGACCCCCGGUCGUCCCACCACACUCCCCUGCCUCCGCCUCCUCCCCCGCCCCUCCCCCCGGCCUCGGUGAUAGCGGCGGCGGUGGCCGAGACGCUCAGCGCCCUUGACUUUGGUCAGGAUAGCCCUGUCAGGGAGGAGGCGUGGACCAAGCCCAAACGCCGCCCCACCACGCCGCCUCCCCCACCUCAGCAGCCCUCCACCCCUCCCUCGUCUCCACCCCACCCCUCCAUGGCCUCCUCCUCUACCUCGCCUUCCUCAUCCACCUCCCUCCCUCACAAUCUCCCAUCCUCCUCCACAACCACCACCACCUCUGUCUCCCCACCCUCCCAGCGGGACUCCUCCUCGCCGGAGCCUGACUCCACCAAUGAGAGCCUGCCGUUUGUCUAUCACAGCAGCAGUUUAGACUCUCGUAUUGAGAUGCUUCUGAAAGAGCAGAAGGCCAAGUUCUCCUUUCUGGCCUCCGAUGAGGAGGAGGAAGAUGACAAGAAGGAGGAACGGCAGCGAGAGAGGGCAGCGGUGGGAGGAGCAGCAGAGGACAGGGUGCGAGGUGCAGUGAAGAGAGGAGGCACUGCAGGAGAGAGCAGGAGCAAUAAGCAGCGGGAGCAGGAAGGGGAGAAGGACAGGAGGAGGAGAUCAGGAGGGGGUGGCGACACAGGCCAGCAUAGGAGGAGAGGAGAAAGAGAUCGAGACAGCCGCAGAGGGAGGAAGCAGGUGGCAGAGGGGAGGAAGAGUCCCACUGUAGUUGCUCCAGCCACCCCUUCCUCCUCCUCCACCUUCUCUCCCCGCGUCCCCUCCACAGACGACCAGAGUGGUGUCCAUGGGACUGGGCCUGUGCCGGAGGAGACUCCCCAGCCUGAGCCUGCCGACCCCAGGAGCAGACAGGGGGCGCACACACCCCCCUACAACGGUCAGUCAUCCCCUCACUCCUCUGGGGAGGACAUGGAGAUCUCGGACGAGGACGAGGAGCACGGCUCGACAGCCGUGACCUCCCACCACGCCACUCCUUCCUCAGCCUCGCCCCCCUCUUCCUCGCAGGCCCCCCCGCCCGCCCAGACAGACCCCUCCGCCUCUCCCUCUCACCCCGCGCAGCACUUUGGCACAUCCAUGCCUCCUCCGCCCAUCCCCUCCUACCCCCCCCACCUACCUCCUCCGCCACCCCCAGGUUUCUCCCUGCAGCCCCCGCCGCCCCCCGGCCUCCCCCCGCCACACGCCCACAUGGAGCUGCACCCGGAGUACCCCCCUCCCCUGCCCCCGCACAUGUACGAUUACGCCAGCGGCAUGGAGCUGGUGAGCCAGUACAGCGGUGGCGCCCCCAUGUCCUUCCAGAUGCAGACCCAGAUGCUGAGUCGGCUGCACCAACUGAGAGUGUCCUCGGCCAACGGGACGGCGGCCCCUGGCGACGCCCACCCUUCAGACUACUACCACUCCAUGCCCCCUCCCCCGCACCCCCACCACCCCUACAUGGACCAAGAGGGGGGUGGCUACGACCAGGACCACCACUACAUACCGGCACACAUGCCCUACGCCUACCCCGACCCGUCCCAGAUGCCCCCCCACCCCAGCAUCCCCCCACCCCACGCAGGCUGGCCCCCCCACGUCCUGCCCCAACACUACGCCUACCACACGCCGCCGCCCUAUGGGGCAAUGCCUCCCGGGGAGGGAGAGGCCCAGUACAGGGCCGGGGGGGACUCCCAGAUGCCCGUGCUGACGGAGACCCCCCACGAGGCCACGGUGCAGCUUGUGUUGGCCACCCUCAUCCAGGAGAUGAAGAGCAUCAUGCAGAGGGACCUCAACCGCAAGAUGGUGGAGAACAUUGCCUUUGGGACAUUUGACGAGUGGUGGGAGCGAAAGGAGACCAAGGCUAAGCCGUUCCAGACCAUGGUUCGAGGUGUGGCAGCAGUUCGGGACGAGGAGAACAAGACCAGCAGCAAGCCCCGGGAGCCUCUCAUGUCUCUGGUGGACUGGGCCAAGAGUGGAGGCGUGGAGGGCUUCUCCCUGAGAGGGGCGCUACGACUGCCCUCAUUCAAGGUGAAGAGGAAAGAGCCUCAGGAGCUAGCUGAGGGAGGAGAGAUGAAGAGACCCAAGACUCCUCCAGAGGAUGAUGAUGAAGACUCAUACCAUGCCAAGGGUCCAGAAGGAGGCCGGACAGCCGGGGAGAGCCACCGGGCUGAGAGGGACAGCCGGAGGAGGAAGAAGAAGACCAGAAGUAGAAAACCAUGGGACCUGGACAGCGAGGGAGAAGAGACAUCUGAUGGCUCCUCUUCAGACAAGGAUGAUGACAGUGACAAGGAGUCUGGAGAUGAGGUGUUGAGUGCCGACAGCGAUGACGAGAGCCUCUCCUCGUCCUCCGAGAGUUCUUCUUCCUCAACAUCAUCCUCCUCCUCUUCUGAAGACGAGGAUGAGGAGGAAGGAGAGCUGGCCGGGAGUGGACUUGACACCAUGGACGAGUCUACGAUGGACAGCACAGCUCUGGACACUGAGAAGGAGGAUGAUCGAGAAAAGUCUUGUGCUUCUCUUCCAAAGACGCCGCUCAGCGCGGAGAUCAAAGCAGAAAUUGCUGCAAACAAAAAGAAUUCAUCGGUGCCCAGCUCAAACGCUCGUCCUCCAUCCCCCACAGCCCCCCGCCCCUCCUCACCCAUCGUCGUCGUGCCCCCUCUUAAGAAGCGACGGAAGACCGUCUCGUUCUCUACCGAGGAGGGUGACUACAAACCCUACUUGCCAACUGUCCCUCUUUCUCCACCUCCCUCCGCUGCAGCUCCACCCCUCUCGGCCACCAAAUCUCAGCUUCCGGACUCCAUCCUCAUCGCCGCCACACCUGGAACCACCCCCCCCAAGACUCUGUCGCUCCUCCCGUUUGCCUCCAAACCUGGCGAAGGCAAUGCCCUUUCCCCCUCCCCCGUUCUCACGGUGCCCUUGUCGGUACGUGCCGAAGACUCCAAGAAGAGCCCUCUAGUGUCGCCCCCCAUCACCCCAACCAAGUCCCCCAACAAACGGGGAUCCUCCCCGAAACCCACCGCCCCCGCUCCAGUGUGGGUGUGUCGCACCGUACAGAACCUCCCCCUGGACCACGCCUCCUUGGUCAAGAUGGCCUUUGAGGAGGCCCUUCCCCCGGUUACCAAGGGCAGGGGCAGAGGACGCCCCCGGACCGUCAGCCAAUCUACGACAGCGCCUCCCUCCUCAUACCACACCCUCCGAGAGGAAGAGGAGGAUGAAGAAGAGGAGCGGCAGCAGCGGCUGCGACUCAGGGAGCAAUUGGGAGUGUCAAGCCUGCUUCAGCUGGCCUCCGCUCCGACGGCCCCCCUGUCUGUCCUGGCUGACGUGGCUCUGAAGCUGGACCCGGACACCGGAGACUCAGAGGAGACCGAGACGUCAGACGAGGCGGAGGAGCAGAAGAUGGAGGAAGAGAUGCUCCUCUCCCCUGAACCCCUGUCCCUGGUCAUGGACCCACAGGGCCUGUUUGCCCUGCAGGAACACAACUACUCCAAAGCCCCACUCCACCUCACCCUGGUCCAAAAGAGGACAGGCUCCAAACAGGAUCCGGGGUCGGUUCUCCCUGCAGACCUCAACCACCAUGCCAUAUCUGGGGUGCUGGAGGCCCCUGAGGAGGUCAUUGGGGAACCCCUGCCCUCCAGAGACAGAGAGCAUGCGGCUGGCAUUGGUCUGCUGGAUGAGGCUGGAGACAUGGCCAAGGCCACAGUGACACCUCUCGCUCCAUCAGCCAAGAGGAAGGCUAUGGUGGCAAGGGGCCGUAAACUGGAGGAGAUGGAGUUAGGAAAGAAUAAAAAGAGGAAAGACAAGGAGAACCUAGAUUUACAGCAAACCGAAAAGCAUAAAGAACAUCAGAAGAAACCCAACAAGAGGAAACUAGAGGAGGUUGACCUGGAAGAGGAUGUGGAUGUGGAGCAGCUGGAGCCUGGUGAGCUUUCCAACACAGAGGAUGAGGAAGAGGAGUGGGAGGAUGUGAGGAAGAGCGAGCGCCUCUUCUUUCAAGAGGCUGGGCUGACAUCAUCGCAGCGCUGGCCCAAGCCCAUCCCGGCCCCAGAGCCUGUCAAGUUUGACCAGCGCAGUGAGUUUGAGCAGAUGACCAUCCUGUACGACAUCUGGAACUCUGGUUUAGACAUGGAGGACCUGACCAUGCUGAAGACUACUUACGAGAAGCUGCUGCAGGAAGACCACAACACCGACUGGCUCAAUGACACGCACUGGGUCCACCACACUGUUACCAAUAUCCCCAACCCACGACGGAAGAAGAAGAACGCAGACGGCCAGCUGAGGGAACACGUGACCGGCUGUGCCAGAAGUGAGGGCUACUACGCCAUCAGUAGGAAGGAGAAAGAUGUCUACUUGGAUCUGGAGCUACCUGAACAGGCCAUACUGGAAGCUGCUGACUACGAUGCCGCAGGCUCAAACCGGCUGCUGUCAGAGAGGCGGUCGGAGCAGCGCCGCCUCCUCAGUGCCAUCGGCAUCCCAGCUGUCAUGGACUCCGACCUCCUCAAACUCAACCAGCUCAAGUUCCGUAAGAAGAAGCUUCGAUUUGGCCGCAGUCGGAUCCACGAAUGGGGGCUGUUCACCAUGGAGCCCAUUGCUGCUGAUGAGAUGGUCAUUGAGUAUGUGGGCCAGAACAUCAGACAGAUGGUGGCUGACAACCGGGAGAAGCGUUACGCCCAGCAGGGCAUCGGGAGCAGUUACCUGUUCAGAGUGGACCACGACACCAUCAUCGACGCCACCAAGUUGGGGAACCUGGCGCGCUUCAUCAACCACUGCUGCACUCCAAACUGCUACGCUAAGGUGAUCACCAUAGAGUCCCAGAAGAAAAUAGUGAUCUACUCCAAGCAGGCCAUUGGUGUGAAUGAAGAGAUUACCUACGACUACAAGUUUCCUCUAGAGGAGAAUAAGAUUCCCUGUCUGUGUGGAACAGAGAACUGCCGUGGGACGCUCAACUAGAGAUCACAGCAGUGAUCGCUUUCCCUCCCUUGCCGAGAAGUGUCAGUACCCCUUCCAGUCUCUCCAGCCCCGAGACCAUGAUCAGUCAGAACCAGGGUCCCAACACACCCACCACGAACUGGGUCGCAACUCGUCCCCCAACCCCGAGCCCAACACCCGCCUGCACCUUCAGACUGUAAACCGCUGUCUAUACCAUAUCUAGGGCCGACACGUGCGCGUGCACGCGGACGCACACACACGAACACACUUGCACUGUUUACAUAUUUAAUUUCCCUGGGGUUAGGAUUCAGUAUCUGAGGGAUUGUGUCCCCCCCCCCCAGAGUGUAAUUAAUAUUCAGGCCCCCACCCUGUUCCCCACACCCCUGAAAUGCAGCAUUUAGUAUUCUCCACUUUCAUAGUAUAGUAGAAUCUGAUAACGGGGCCACCUGUUGGUUCAGCCAUGGAAUGUUUUUUUUCGGCCCCUACACAGAAUGUCUGUGGACUGGAAAUCCCCCACCAAGCCCAGCCUGUUGUAUGCCCACAGACAGCUCAGCACAGACACAUGAAUAACAUUCAGGGUUUUAAAGGCGCCCAUUUGAGACGCAGUUUUAGAGUGACUCAAGUUGGGAGAUCAGUUAUGCAAGGUUUCCCAAAAGGAAGAUUGUUUGAGCUCAUCAUUUUAUAGCAUAUUCUUCUUCCUACUAUUGUUGUUAUGAUUUAGUUGCGUUAGCUGGAAGUGUCUGACCGUAGUGAACUUCAGUGUUCCCAACACCGUCCUCAGUGGCUUGUGAUUCACCAGCCCUUCUAACACCCACCUCCUGGGUGUGGGACUGCCCUCUCACCAACUUGUUUGGUCGAGGGACCAAAGACCUUUGAAUAUUGUUUGACCAUGCUUCAUUAGGACAAGUCAUUAGUAGGUGAAAUAGUGUGUGUGGUGUCACAUCAGUUAAGACGACUGCUGAGUUUUAGUCAGAAUUCGGACUGCCCUUUUCCAUGUCCGCCGGCCUCGUCGUUGUGAUCUAGGCUUUGUUAACAGACAGAACCCUGCAGCUGUUAGGAUGACCUAGGAAGCAGAGGGACGUGUAAAUGAACAUUGUGUUUGAGAGAAUGUAUACCAAGUAUGUUUUUAGACCGGUC